UUAUAUUAUACUUAUAUGUAAAAUAUAUAUCGUAAUUAAUAAUUUAAAUGAAAAGAUUUAUCUUUCUACAAUUUAUAAUUUUACUUUAUCGUGUAAUCUUUUCAAAUUUCAUAUAAUGGAAACUGCAAAGACUAGGUAUUCGAGAACAACAGAAGAAAUACAUAAAAGUUUAGAAUUAGCUGUUAUUAAGGAAUCUGAUUUGCAGAAUGUAACGCAAAUUUUAUAUUCUGCACAAGAACAUGAUAUAGAAAAACAUAUAAAAUUAUUAGAACUUGAUGAACAUUUAAUAGAGGCAAUAAAUAAAGGAGACAGUUUAACAUUUCAGGGUAAUAAGAAAGAUUUUGCAGUAUUAUGUACAAGAAAUCGAACAUAUGAUAUUAGAGAAGCAGGAACAUCUAAUUCUUGUUUAUUAGUACCAAAAUUAAAUUUAUUUGAACAAACAAAAGUAAAUACAGACAGAAUAAUAAAAUAUUAUAAUAUUUGUGGAAUUUUUCAUACAUAUUAUGAGACAAAAGAAUGUAAGCCUAAAUGGGAAAAAUUACUUAAUAUACUUGAGCCCACAUCUUUUAAAGGAAUGGAAUAUGAAUCAUCAAUAUGUCAUGAACUUUUAUAUAAUUGGCACAGAUUACAAAAUGAAAUACAAGCCAGUGAAGAUGAACUAAUUCAAGCCUUAAAUGAUUAUUUAAUAGUUAAUAUUGAUGGUUACUUUCGUCUAAUAUCAUUUGAAUUUGAAGUUCGAAGUUUAACACUUAUGUUAGAUAUUUUGGAAGAAAAUAGUUGGGCAUUAAAUGAAGUAGAUAAAGAAUUUACAUAUGAAUCUUUGAAAGAAUUUAUUUUUAAAUCAGUUUUUGAGGCUGUAUUUGCAAGAUAUACACAAGUAAGUGAGAAGUCAAAAAAGGAUGGAACAUCAUUAUAUAGGUAUAAUGAGGAAAAAUGUUGUAAGACUUUGGCAAAAGUACUCCUUGCUGUUUCUCCAAUAACUGAAUAUAAACAAUUUAUGAAAUCAUGGCAUAUUGGUACACCAGAAAAAAUAGAACCAAAAGAAGAAUAUUUAAAAGGAAUUGCUCUUAUCAAAUGGAAUAACUCAACAAUGACAAGAGAAGUGGUAUCAUUCACAGAAGCUAAUUUGCCAAUAGAUAUUAAUGAAAGAUUUAAUGAACUUUUUAAAGCAAAAAAUAAAUGGACAGUUCAAGAAAUAACACCUUAUAUAAUAAAUUUAACAACAAACAAAAUGAAUGUUAAUGCUCUUCUAACUAAAUAUGCUAGAUGUUCAAUUAUUAAUGGUAUUAAAUAUUAUAGUUCAAAAUAUGGUAAAUAAUUAAGUAAAAAUCAUUUUAAUGAUACAAUGUCAUAAUUCAAACUUCUAACUUUUUUCUCUCCAAGAGUCUGGAGAAUUAAUCAGGCUAUCUAUUUUAUAUUUAUAUUUACAUUUAUAUCUUUUAUAUUUUUUCUGAAGAGCCAUUAUUUCCAUUGUUCCAUUGUUGAAUAUUACUUUCAGUUUUAAUUAGUUGAUUUUUGCAAAAGUAAACUAGAUAUUAUUAAAUUAUAAUCAGUUAAAUUAAAUAAUGAAAUAUAAUUAUAAGUGAUGAAGAAUACUCUGUUAAUAAUAUGAUAGGAGAUUUUUUUAAAGUAUAAAAAGAACAGAAGAAAAAAGGGAAGAGUUACAAUUGGUUCAUGAGCUGUUAAUUCGCCUUACACAUAAUUAAAUAAAAUAAAUAAACACUUAUUGUCGAAAUGACAUAAAAAAA